AUGUCGGCCGUGGUGGUGUUCAGUGUUGCGCUGCUGCUUGCAGCGGGUUCGGUGCGCGGCGACGCCUCGUACGACCCCCGCGACCCGGACAUCUGCAAGGGAGCCCUCGCGGGCAAUUUGUUGCAGGUUGAGUGGGCGAUCAACGUCGGCAAGCAGGACGUGAACUACAGGUUCUGCGGCACCUCCCCACACAUGCCCAUCCACGGCGCCGCGGAGACGGGCAACCUCGAGAUCGUGCGCUAUUUGGUGGAGAACGGAGCGGACGUGAACGCCCUGGACAACGACGACGAGACUGCGCUGCACGAGGCCGCGGAGGACGGGCACCUCGAGGUCGUCAAGUAUCUCAUCGCGGUGGGCGUGGACCCCGACAUCAGGAACGACGACGGCGAGACGGCGGCGGACAUCGCGCUCGCCCGGGGCUACCCGGAGGUGCACGCGUAUCUGCGCGGCCAGGUGGAGCGGGGCCCGCGCCGGCUGACCAUGUGA